UUAAUGAGAUGUUCACCGUCCUCUAUAUCCUGUUCCCCAUCUCUCUAAGUCCCCAAGGGCUCCUCGGAGCUCCCUGACCUUAAUUCCUUAAAUUCCGCCACCUCCAGGAAGCUCCUCGGCUUCCUGCUGCCAAGCCAGAUUUUGUAGGAAAGGUGGGGCGGGAAAGGGAGCGUCCUCAGGUAUCUGAGGCCAGUCCUCGGGUGCGGCCUCUUCCCGCUCUAGACCCCUUCCCGCUCUAGAACCCCCAGCCUGCGGGCACAGCCUUCUCUCCAGAUCCCCGCUUUCCAUCCACGGCGUGGGUGAGCAUCCGCGCGUGCGUCUAGGGAGAGCGGAGCCCCAGAAGACCGUCCCGCCGAGGCCAGGUAGUAGGGGGUGGGGGCAGGUGUUCCGCAUCCCCUGGAAGACGGUCCCAGCGUCCGUCCAGCAGCCUCGCCCACCUUCAGAUCUGGAGAUGAGCCAAGACGCUUUAAAGGGCAGAAGACUCCCUGAAGAGAGGGCAUUUCCUAGGGAUGGGCGGGGCCAGGCCCUGCCGCACCGCCCCUGUCACCUCCUCGCGGACACGCCCUCCGCUCGGCUGGCGCCGGUGCCUUUAAGACCUCAGCGCGCGGCCCUGAUUGAGAAAUCCGCGCGCAGCCUCCGCCGCCGCACACUGCGAUCUCUGCUGAACCCCUGCCGCGCCGCCGCCCUCGCCAGCCCGAACCGGACCAGCCCGCGUUCCCUUCCUCGGCUUCAGCCGGCCUCCGGCCCCGCAACCUCCUCCUCGGCGAAGUCUUCCUGGCCGCCCCAUGUCGGCCGCCCCCGCCUACAGCGAAGACAAGGGCGGCUCCGCUGGCCCCGGGGAGCCGGAGUACGGCCACGACCCCGCGAGCGGCGGCAUCUUCUCCUCCGACUACAAGCGGCAUGAUGACCUGAAGGAGAUGCUGGACACCAACAAGGAUUCUCUCAAGCUGGAGGCCAUGAAGAGGAUUGUGGCGAUGAUUGCCCGAGGAAAGAAUGCUUCAGACCUGUUUCCUGCGGUGGUGAAGAAUGUGGCCUGUAAGAACAUAGAGGUGAAGAAGCUUGUCUACGUGUACCUGGUACGCUACGCUGAGGAGCAGCAAGACCUGGCCCUGCUGUCCAUCUCCACCUUUCAACGUGGCCUAAAGGACCCCAACCAGCUCAUUCGUGCCAGUGCCCUCCGUGUCCUCUCUAGCAUCCGUGUGCCCAUCAUAGUGCCCAUCAUGAUGCUAGCUAUCAAGGAAGCCGCCUCGGACAUGUCACCCUAUGUGCGGAAAACAGCUGCCCACGCCAUCCCUAAACUGUACAGUUUGGACUCUGACCAGAAGGAUCAGCUGAUAGAAGUCAUUGAGAAGCUUCUAGCUGACAAGACUACGCUGGUGGCGGGCAGCGUGGUGAUGGCCUUCGAGGAGGUGUGCCCGGAGCGCAUCGACCUGAUUCACAAAAACUACCGGAAACUCUGUAACCUGCUGAUCGACGUGGAGGAGUGGGGCCAGGUGGUCAUCAUCAGCAUGCUCACUCGCUACGCCCGCACGCAGUUCCUGAGCCCCACCCAGAACGAAUCCCUGCUAGAGGAGAACGCGGAAAAAGCCUUCUACGGCUCAGAUGAGGACGAGGCCAAGGGCGCGGGGUCUGAGGAGACGGCCGCCGCGGCCCUCCCCGCCCGAAAGCCCUAUGUCAUGGACCCCGACCACCGGCUGCUGCUGCGCAACACCAAACCCCUGCUGCAGAGCCGCAGCGCCGCGGUGGUCAUGGCGGUGGCGCAGCUCUACUUCCACCUGGCGCCCAAGGCGGAGGUGGGCGUCAUCGCCAAGGCGCUAGUGCGCCUGCUGCGCAGCCACAGUGAGGUGCAGUACGUUGUGCUCCAGAACGUGGCCACCAUGUCCAUCAAGCGCCGGGGUAUGUUUGAGCCCUACCUGAAGAGCUUCUACAUCAGGUCCACCGACCCCACCCAGAUCAAGAUCCUGAAGCUGGAAGUGCUGACCAACCUGGCCAAUGAGACCAACAUUCCUACUGUCCUACGGGAAUUCCAGACCUAUAUUCGCAGCAUGGACAAGGACUUUGUGGCAGCCACAAUCCAGGCCAUUGGACGCUGUGCAACUAACAUUGGCCGAGUCCGUGACACCUGCCUCAAUGGCCUGGUGCAGCUGCUAUCCAACCGUGAUGAGCUUGUGGUUGCAGAGUCAGUGGUCGUCAUUAAGAAAUUGCUACAGAUGCAGCCAGCACAACAUGGAGAGAUCAUCAAACACUUGGCAAAGCUUACAGACAACAUCCAGGUGCCCAUGGCCCGAGCCAGCAUCCUGUGGCUCAUCGGAGAGUACUGUGAGCAUGUCCCCAGGAUUGCACCUGAUGUCUUAAGAAAAAUGGCCAAGUCAUUCACAGCAGAGGAGGAUAUUGUCAAGCUGCAGGUUAUCAACCUGGCAGCCAAGCUCUACCUGACCAACUCUAAACAGACCAAGCUGCUGACCCAGUAUGUGCUGAGUCUGGCCAAAUAUGACCAGAACUAUGAUAUUCGCGACCGGGCGCGCUUCACCCGGCAGCUCAUCGUCCCUUCCGAGCAGGGUGGGGCCCUCAGCCGCCAUGCCAAGAAGCUCUUCCUGGCACCCAAACCAGCUCCAGUCUUGGAGUCAUCCUUCAAAGACCGGGACCACUUCCAGCUGGGCUCACUGUCCCACCUGCUCAAUGCCAAGGCCACAGGCUACCAGGAGCUCCCAGACUGGCCGGAGGAAGCCCCAGACCCAUCUGUGCGCAACGUGGAGGAAGAAGAUCUCUCCCUUAUUGAGACUCACGUGGGCCUGUUGGGCGAAUACACUGAGGUACCUGAAUGGACCAAGUGCUCAAAUCGGGAGAAGAGAAAGGAGAAGGAAAAACCUUUCUACUCGGACUCUGAGGGGGAGUCAGGCCCCACGGAGUCCGCAGACAGUGACCCUGAGUCUGAGAGUGAAUCGGACAGUAAGAGCAGCAGCGAGAGCGGCUCUGGGGAGUCCAGCAGUGAGUCCGACAAUGAAGACCAGGAUGAGGAUGAGGAGAAAGGGAGAGGCAGUGAGAGUGAACAGAGUGAGGAGGAUGGUAAGAGGAAGACAAAGAAGAAGGUGCCAGAGGGAAAAGGAGAAGCGUCAUCCUCUGAUGAGGGCAGCGAUUCCAGCAGUAGCUCAUCAGAGUCCGAGAUGACAUCGGAGUCCGAGGAGGAGCAGUUGGAACCUGCCUCCUGGAGGAGGAAAACACCUCCCAGCAGCAAAAGUGCCCCUGCAACCAAGGAGAUCUCCCUACUUGAUCUAGAGGACUUCACCCCUCCCAGUGUCCAGCCUGUGUCUCCCCCAGCAAUUGUGUCUACCAGUCUGGCUGCUGACCUGGAGGGCCUGACACUCACAGACUCCACCCUGGUACCGUCGCUUCUGAGUCCAGUGUCGGGUGUUGGGCGGCAGGAGCUGCUGCACCGGGUAGCUGGCGAGGGGCUGGCUGUGGACUACACCUUCAGCCGCCAACCUUUCUCCGGGGACCCCCACAUGGUGUCUGUGCACAUCCACUUCUCCAACAGCUCUGAUACCCCCAUCAAGGGCCUGCAUGUGGGCACUCCCAAACUGCCUGCUGGCAUCAGCAUCCAAGAAUUUCCCGAAAUUGAGUCCCUGGCACCUGGAGAAUCUGCCACUGCUGUAAUGGGCAUUAAUUUCUGUGACUCAACCCAGGCAGCCAACUUCCAGCUGUGCACCCAGACCCGACAGUUCUACGUCUCCAUUCAGCCACCUGUUGGGGAGCUGAUGGCCCCUGUGUUCAUGAGUGAAAAUGAGUUUAAGAAGGAACAGGGAAAGCUGAUGGGCAUGAAUGAGAUCACAGAGAAGCUCAUGCUGCCAGACACCUGUCAGAGUGACCACAUUGUGGUGCAGAAAGUGACUGCCACUGCCAACCUGGGUCGUGUUCCUUGUGGGACAUCUGAUGAGUACAGGUUUGCAGGGAGGACACUGACUGGUGGAAGCCUCGUUCUGCUGACCCUGGAUGCCCGGCCAGCUGGAGCUGCCCAGCUGACCGUCAACAGCGAGAAAAUGGUGAUUGGCACCAUGCUGGUAAAGGAUGUGAUACAGGCUCUGACCCAGUGACUUCCAGAUGCUGUGGAAGACCUCUUUGGCUCCCAUCUAUACCUCCCCAUGACAUCUGGGCUGUCAGUCCCUCUCAUCUUUCUCUCUCUCUCAUCCUCCUCCUCAUGCCAGAUAGCAUUCAGGGUGUCCUCCCUCCCUCUGGAGGACCAACCCUCCCCUAAUCCCCUCCCCAUGGGUUCCUUAGUGAUCUGUGCAGAGGGAGAUGGCAGCCACUCCCUUCAGUCCUUCCAGAUUUCUGUAGCUAUUUAUGUAGCAGGCUCAAUAAAAUGUCUUCUCUCUA